AUGGGAAAUUGCUUGUUUGGGGGUGUGGGGGAGGCAGAAGGGUUGGUCCAAGUGACAACUUCCAAUGGUGGCAUAAUGGAAUUCUAUGCGCCAAUCACAGUAGGCUCAAUCACCAAAGAAUUUCCAAACCAUGGAAUUUUCAGAAGCCAUGACCUCUUCUGGAAGCCACUCUCUCCCCAUGAAGAUCUUGUGGCAAGACAAAACUACUAUCUCCUCCCACUCACCAGCCAAAGUGGUCACUUGGGCAGUGCCCAAAUUGUGAGGGAAGGCCAUGUGAGAUCAAACAGCAUACCUACUUGCUCCCUUUCUGCACCAUACAGAAUGUCGCUUGAUUAUCAAGGCAUGAUGAAGAGGUCUUACACAGAAGCUUUUUCAAGGUACAACAAUGUCAGCUUUUGGAAGGUGAAGCUUGUGAUCAGCCCUGAGCAGCUGCUGGAGAUUUUGGCUCAGGAGGGAAGAACCCAGGAGUUGAUUGAGAGUGUGAGGACUGUGGCUAAGUGUGGGAAUGGUGGCUCUGCCUCUGGUUUGGGAUUUUCUGACCAGUGGAGUCUCUCAAGUAGUAGUAGAAAUGCUUCGUCUAAGAAAGAUGGAAUAUUGCUAGACAUUUAG